CCCAUCAAUCUGCCACGAGCCGGAGUGUGACAAUAGCAUUAUCAUACCAAUACACCAUUCAGCUUCAGCCAAUCAGAGCACAGCGCUUUCACUCCGCCGCACGAGCUGCAGAGUAUAAAGCUGGGAGGAUGCAGCUUGCUCAUCACUCUGCUCCUUUCGCGGAUUUGCUCAACGACCUAACUCUCAACUCUCCCUUUGCGGAAUUAUCCUGAUCACUGUCAUCAUGACUCUUGAGGAAGUACAGAUCCAGAAGCCCACCGAGCGUGCCGAGUGCACCGGCCAAGCCCUGGAGGAGGUCCUGGUCUCUGCCAAAGACAACGACUCCCUCACCGUGGGCGUCUACGAGUGCGCUAAAGUUAUGAACCUUGACCCGGACAGCGUGUCUUUCUGCGUCCUGGCCGUGGAUGAGGAGUUUGAGUGUGACAUCGCUCUGCAGAUCCACUUCACCCUCAUCCAGUCCUUCUGCUUCGACAACGACAUCAGCAUCGUCAGAGUGAGCGACAUGCAGCGUCUGGCUGAGAUUGUUGGAGACAAGGCUGAGCAGCUUGAAGAUGCCCACUGUGUCCUCAUCACGAACCCAGCUGAAGGCUCUUGGGAGGACCCCUCUCUGGAGAAGCUGCACCUGUUCUGUGAGGAGAGCCGGCGUCUGAAUGACUGGGUUCCCGAGAUCGGCCUGCCCGAGCCUUGAUCUGGGACUCGGCUCCUCUCUUACUCAGAUGCUGUAAAGCUUCUUAUCUGGAAAUACUCAUCCUGAUGAACAGGAUGACCCUGUUUCUCAUCCCUGGAUACUCCUGAGGAGGAUUCCCGUCCAGGCAGCACGGCGCCGGCCCGAGUGGCCCCCGUGAUCGUCGUCUCUUGUUCCGUCCAUGCCAAGAUGACUCUCAUUCUUUGUGUGAAUGAGGUCAGGUAUGCCACAAGAGCGACACAUCGACCCUCAUUCUUUGUGCGGAUGAGGUUUGGAGAGGAAGGAGAAGCGAGUUCUGCGUCCUGUGGUCCCCACAGAGCAAAUGUCGCAUCUUGAAGCACGCGCAGCAGGAGAAGAAGCGGUGCUGAGGAAGAGGCAUCUUUGAAAAGGGACUUUUUAGAGAUGGCCUCUUUGCUGAGCAACAUGACAUCAGUUGCAAUCAGCAGAAAUGUUUCCCACUUUCCAGAAUAGUCUUAAUUCUCUAAAGGUUUCACUUUAGAAAUUUAAACUGACGAAAAUAUAUUCUAAAACUAAAAAAAAAGAAGAUAAAAAAGUCAAUUCUCUAAAGGUUUCACUUUAGAUGUUUAA